GCUCCCGGGGAUGGUCAGUCUUUUCUUGGCCGCGUCGCUUUCUAGUUGCGAUAGCUUGUUUGUCAGUGCAUAGACGGUUGCAUAUUAGUGCAUAGAAUAGCAGAAUGUGUGACGACGAUGCAGGAGCACUUGUUAUCGACAAUGGAUCUGGAAUGUGCAAAGCCGGUUUCGCGGGCGACGAUGCCCCGCGUGCCGUUUUUCCUUCGAUCGUCGGUCGCCCCCGGCACCAGGGUGUGAUGGUCGGCAUGGGACAGAAAGAUUCGUAUGUUGGCGAUGAGGCACAGUCAAAGCGUGGUAUCCUGACGUUGAAGUAUCCAAUUGAGCAUGGAAUUAUUACCAAUUGGGACGAUAUGGAGAAAAUUUGGCAUCACACAUUUUACAAUGAGCUGCGGGUGGCUCCAGAGGAGCAUCCAGUCCUGCUGACUGAAGCUCCACUCAACCCCAAAGCCAACCGAGAGAAAAUGGCACAAAUUAUGUUCGAAACAUUCAACUCACCGGCUGUGUAUGUUGCCAUCCAGGCCGUCCUAUCCCUUUAUGCUUCCGGUCGUACCACUGGAAUUGUUUCUGACUCCGGGGAUGGAGUUUCUCACUGCGUUCCCAUCUUUGAAGGAUUUGCUCUGCCUCAUGCUAUUCUCCGUCUGGACAUGGCUGGUCGUGAUUUAACCGAUUACUUGAUGAAGAUUAUGACAGAGCGCGGUUACUCUUUUACUACCACGGCUGAGCGUGAAAUCGUUCGUGAUAUUAAGGAAAAGCUUUGUUAUGUUGCACUCGAUUACGAGCAGGAGUCUUUGGCUGCGUCGGCUUCGUCUUCACUAGAGAAAUCAUACGAACUUCCCGACGGUCAGGUUAUCACGAUUGGUGCCGAACGUUUCCGCUGCCCAGAAGCUCUAUUCCAGCCAUCCUUCUUGGGCAUGGAAACUGCCGGUGUACACGAGACUGUUUACAGUGCAAUCAUGCGUUGUGAUGUCGACAUUCGUAAGGAUCUGUACGCAAAUAUUGUUCUGUCUGGUGGAACCACAAUGUAUCCAGGUAUUGCCGAUCGUAUGCAGAAGGAAAUCACCGCCGUUGCCCCGACUACGAUCAAAAUCAAGAUCAUUGCCCCGCCGGAACGUAAAUACUCCGUUUGGAUUGGCGGAUCCAUCCUGGCCUCGCUGUCCACUUUCCAAUCAAUGUGGAUCUCCAAGCAGGAAUAUGAUGAAUCUGGUCCUUCUAUUGUGCAUCGGAAGUGUUUCUGAGUUCGAUAAGGACAGCGGGUUAUUAAAUUUACUUUUACAAACAACGAUCCAGGUAUUUCUGUGCAUUAGGAUUAGUCAUGUUCUAAAAUAAACAAUUAUGUUUCUAUUAAA